GAGGAGUGCGUGGACUACGCCUGGGACAGCCCCGCGCAGACGGGAUGUUCACGUCCAAGUCCAACUCGGUGUCGCCCUCCCCGUCAAUGGAGCAGGCAGACUCAGACGCUCUGGACAUCAGCACCAAAGUGCAACUCUACGGGGUGCUGUGGAAGCGGCCCUUCGGGAGGACGUCGGCCAAGUGGUCCCGGCGGUUUUUCAUCAUCAAAGAGAGCUUUCUGCUCUACUACUCUGAGAGUGAGAAAAAGAGCUUUGAAACCAAUAAAUACUUCAAUAUACAUCCCAAGGGUGUCAUCCCUCUGGGGGGCUGCCUGGUGGAGGCCAAGGAAGAGCCCAGCAUGCCCUAUGCUAUGAAGAUCUCCCACCAGGACUUCCACGGGAACAUCGUGCUGGCUGCCGAGUCCGAGUUUGAGCAGACCCAGUGGCUGGAGAUGCUGCAGGAGUCUGGAAAGGUGACCUGGAAGAAUGCCCAGCUAGGAGAAGCCAUGAUCAAAAGUCUGGAGGCCCAAGGCCUGCAGCUGGCCAAGGAAAAGCAGGAAUAUUUAGACAAACUGAUGGAAGAGACAGAAGAACUCUGUCUGCAGAGGGAACAGAGAGAGGAGCUUGAGCGCCUUAAUCAGGUGCUGGAGGCCGAGAAGCAGCAGUUUGAGGAGGUGGUGCAGGAGCUGAGAAUGGAGCAGGAACAGAUCAAGAGAGAGCUGGAACUGACAGCAAGAUGCCUCAAGGGGGUAGAGCAAGAGAAAAAGGAGCUGAGGCACUUCACAGAGUCCCUGCAGCAGACACUGGAGGAACUCUCCAUAGAGAAGAAGAAAACCCUGGAAAUGCUAGAGGAGAAUGAGAACCAGCUGCAGACACUGACCAAUCAGAGUCAGCAGCCCUCGCCCAGUGGGAGUCUCCAUAGUAACCUGAGACAGAUUGAGGAGAAGAUGCAGCAGCUCCUGGAGGAAAAACUCCUGGCAGAGAAGAGGAUGAAGGAGAAUGAGGAGCGCUCCAGAGCCCUGGAGGAGGAGCGGGAGUUCUACUCCAGCCAGUCCCAGGCGCUGCAGAACUCGCUGCAGGAGCUGACGGCAGAGAAGCAGCAGGCUGAGCGGGAUCUCAAGGCCGAGGUGAAGGUCCGCAUGGACUUGGAGAGGAGGCUGCGGGAGGCAGAGGGGGCUUUGCGGAGCCUGGAACAAGGGCUCAACUCCAAAGUGCGCAACAAGGAGAAGGAGGAGAGGAUGCGGGCGGACGUGAGCCAUCUGAAACGGUUCUUUGAGGAGUGCAUCCGCAACGCGGAGCUGGAGGCCAAGAUGCCAGUCAUCAUGAAGAACUCCGUGUACAUCCACAAGGCGGCCACUCGCCGCAUCAAGAGCUGCCGCUUCCACCGGCGCCGCUCCAGCGCCUCCUGGAAUGACAUGAAGCCAUCGCAGUCCUUCAUGACAUCCCAGCUGGAAGCCAACAACAUGGAUGAGCUCAAGGAGGUGGCCAAGCGGCUCAGCCGAGACCAGCGCUUCCGGGAGUCCAUCUACCACAUAAUGGCCACCCAGCCCGGAGCCCCUGCCGCACUUCCCCGGGGUGGAAAGUGAGGGGCACUCCUCCUUGGCUUCCCGAGU